GUAUUCAUCGUCCCCGUGUGCGGCGGCGGCGGCGUUCUCGCCCGUGCCACCCUCCGCCGCCGCAUCCAGCUCUCCCGGUCGCCGCCGGCCGUGGGCGUCCACCGCCUCCGGCCUCCGACCCUCCCACCGUCGCCGCCCUCUGCUCCUCUUAUCCGUCGCGCACGCCCUGCUUCCCCGCCUCCGGCGGCUACCGCCUCCUAACCCCUCCUCCAUCUUUAGAAUCCGACCACCUCCCUGUCCCAUCCCAGUGGCUCCGGCGGUGGUGCGUCGCCGCCGCCGAGGUCUCCCUCUCAACGCAAGGACCCCUUCCUCCCCUAGCCCAACCCCGAAUCCAGUCAGGCUCCAGAGAUGCUGAGGAACAUCCUGUGCCAGUCGUGGAGGAGAGGGGCUUAUGCUCUUCAAGAAGGCAACCAUCCUGGGGCACUUCAUGCUUGUUGGAGUAGAUUUCACAGCGGGCAGAUGUUAAGCUCUUCCAGGAGCUUCUUUGGUGUGGAGGACUUUAUGGACGAAGACAACAGCAAACCAUACACAUACAAGAAGGAGAAGAGAUCAAAGAACCCGCACAAGCACAUCUCCUUCAAGCAGCGCACCAUCGCCUACAUGGAGCCCUUCACGCUCGACGUCUUCAUCUCCAAGCGCUUCGUCUCGGCGUCCCUCACCCACCGCACGACGUGCAGGCAGGUCGCGGUGGCCGGGACCAACUCCAAGGACAUCAAGGCGGCCCUCAAGUCGAGGUCGGACAUUCCGGCCUGCCUUGCCGUGGGUCGCUUCCUGGCAGAGAGGGCCAAGGAGGCUGACGUCUACACCUGCACUUACACGCCGAGGGAGCGGGACAAGUUUGAGGGGAAGAUAAGGGCGGUGGUUCAGUCCCUGAUUGACAAUGGGAUCAAUGUGAAAGUUUACCUGGAUUGAGUUCCCUGCUGUAUGUUUACAGUACUACAUUUGUUUCUGAAAAUGGUCAUCACCAUUAUCAUGCUGCAUUGCUGCUGAUUGUGAGACUUAUGGUGCCCCUGAUGUUAAUGUUUUAUCAUUUUCCUGU